GAUCCUGCGUCCGACUCAGUCAUUGACCAAAGAGCAAAAGCAUUGAAGAAAAGGCUUACUGGAAGAGAUUGGAGAAAAGCGAUAUUUUUCUAUCCAGAGGCUGAUAAGAAAACUGGCUCUACUCACCACAAUAUUACAGAAGAUGAACUCAUGACAACUUUAAAACAACUCGUGGGAGUUGAUGAACCAAUAAAAAAUGUGUGGGUUUACAAAGUUCCGCUCAAGAAAAAACAAUUGACAUUCGUCUUUUUGUUUCAUCAGUAUCUUGUAUUCGAAACAAAAAAAUGGUGGUGGUCCAUCGAAAAACACACCGAUGCCAUUACAAUUCAGCGUAGCACAGAAGCAUCGUUCGUAAAAGAUUUUUUUAGACGUAAACCACGUAUUACAGGUAGACACUGUUUGAAAAAAAGCACAGGCCGUGGGGCAAUUUACAAACUUAUCGAGUGGAUAAAAAACAAUGGCGAGCUUCAUAAACAAUACAAUGUGAUACACAGCAACUGCAAACACUUUGCAGAUGCAGUCUUCAACCAAGUAGCAACAAGUCACGAUGCACAACCGAGGCAUUCGUUUGUGAUAAGAAAAAGGAAGUCUUCACGUUCAUCAAUGUUGUUCACUUCUAAAAUCGGCAAUAAAACAAAUGAAGAUGUUCAAAGUAUUUCUGCUUUUGAAGGGGGAGAGGAGUGCACUGAACAGGAGACACAGACAAGUGUUCCAUCCGUCGGAAUAUAUCAGUACGAACCAAUUUCAAGACGUACAUCGUUUCCGCGUACAUUGUUUCCGAUGGAACAUACAAGGAACAUUGAUAACGUCAAAGAGUAUCUUCAAUCCGUAUCCGGUUGCACUGAACAGGAGACACAGACAAGUGUUCCAUCUGUCGGAAUAUAUCAGUACAAACCAAUUUCAAGACGUACAUCGUUUCCGCGUACAUUGUUUCCGAUGGAACAUACAAGGAACAUUGAUAACGUCAAAGAGUAUCUUCAAUCCGUAUCCGGUUGCACUGAACAGGAGACACAGACAAGUGUUCCAUCCGUCGGAAUAUAUCAGUACGAACCAAUUUCAAGACGUACAUCGUUUCCGCGUACAUUGUUUCCGAUGGAACAUACAAGGAACAUUGAUAACGUCAAAGAGUAUCUUCAAUCCGUAUCCGGUUGCACUGAACAGGAGACACAGACAAGUGCUCCAUCCGUCGGAAUAUUGCAGUACGAACCAAUUUCAAGACGUUUAUUAGACGACGAGGAGUAUCUUCGUCCGAAAGGAGCUGAUGUUGCCACGGCCUCUUACCACGAGCAUGAUAUGAAGAAUGGGUGUUAUUUAACGGAUCACGAGGAAAUAGUGCAGCAACCUAUCGUGAAAAGCGAGGUAAUCGGUGGAGACGAAAUGGACGACAUUAAUACGAGGAUCUUUCAGUAUCUAGAUGAUCUAUGGUAUCAAGAGUUUCUGGAGAUGCAAGAGAAGGAAGAGAAGCAAAAGGAUCAAGAGAAUCCAGAGGAUCAAGAGAAACAUGAGUAUCACGAGGAGCAAGAGUAUCAUGCUGAUCAAGAGAAUCAAGAGGAGCAAGAGGAUCAAGAGAAGUAAGAGGAGCAAGAGGAUCGAGUGGAGCUAGAGCAACAUUCAAUGAAAGUAAGCUGCUAAGAAUGUAGUUAAAUUAUUUUUUCUGCUUAAUACAACCGUAUUGUCCUUUUGUUAAGCCUUUCACAAUUAACUUUUAACACUGUUUCUUAUGUGUUCUUUAACAACAUAUCAAACAGUGCUUCAACGUUGAUUUUUUUUUGUUUCAUCACCUAAUAGAAA